GGACUGUCAGGCUGAAGCUACCAAUGGGAAGAGGACUUUUAGAUUCAAGAGCAUCGUAAUAACCAGUGCCUUAUGCACCACGGUGCUAAUGCUAUCAUGAAUCGUUACGCGUGCGAAGAAUGCCGCCAUCGUAAAUUUAGGUGCUCUAAAGAAAGGCCAGCAUGUGCCUAUUGUCGGAGAGAGCGUAGGCCCUGUGUCUAUUCGGCGAAGAUCCAGCGAAGCCCGCUGACUCGCGAAUAUGUUACUUCGCUUGAAAACCGGUUGCAGAAGCUAGAAGCGAAAUGUGCAGAGUUAAUACCUGGCGUUGAUCUUGAGAAAUUGGCUCCACAGACGCCAGGAAUUCCCGGGUCUAGCACCUGGGAACUUCCCACUAAUCCAUGGGCUGCUACUACUUCGGAUGCCCCAUCACAUCCAAGUUAUACAGAUUCGUUUCCUCGAAUAUCAACUGGGUUCGAAUGGAGUGAACAGGGGGAUGCCCUAAACCAGCUAGCGGAUGGUAUGGCAUUUUUGUCGGUGAAUCCAGAAGGAGCCGGUUAUCUUGGAACAUCUGCGAACGUGGCUUUGCUACGAUCCCUUCAUCAUAAUGGGUGGACCAUUGAUUCAUCAGUAUCGAGGGUUAUUGACUCGUCCAGGACCCUUAAACCCUCACUGCGAGAAGCUUGGGCCUGGAGCGAGAUGACCCAUGACGCAGACCUGGACCAGCUUAUUAGCACACUGAUUGAUUCCUAUUUUCGGAAUUUUCACACGAGAUACCCUAUCGUUCACGAGGCUACUUUUAGAGCUCAGACCGAGGAUAUCGCUCCAAAACCGGACUCAGAGUCGUGGUUGCUGUUGCGGCAUGUAAUCCUAGCUAUUGGCGGGUGGUGUAUGGGAUAUGACACCAAGGGGUUCGAUGAGCUACUGGGUGCAAAAACCCAGGGAUGGAGCAGAAACACAUCCAUUCUGUCUUCUGGGAGUCUAACUUUGGUCCAAGCUGUUGCACUAAAGGGCCAUUUCACGCAACGACAGAACAAUCCAAACACAGGCUGGAACUUCUCUGGACUGGCCGUUCGAAUAGCCAUAAGCCUUGGGCUGCAUCGAGAAUUCCCGGCAUGGAAUAUAAGCGUUUUUGAUCGCGAGAUGCGACGACGAGUUGGAUGGUGCGUUUUCGUAAUGGAUGCUGGGACUGCCAUCACGUUUGGACGCCCAAUAUUAUGGCCAACCGAUGGUAUGAUGGAUAUAAAGGAGCCAAUGAAUGUUGACGACAAAAAGUUGACCUCAAGAACACUUGUCGCUCCAGAAGAGUCCACUGGAUCAACUAUUUAUUCCCAUCUAAUCUGGCAGAUUCAAUUUCACCAACUCACCAAUUCAAUGUACACCCGCCGUAUGGCUAGCUUUGAUUUGCCUGCCGAAGAAAUCCUCGAAAUGGAUUCAAAGAUCACCGUCUGGGAAAAAACCCUUCCGGCAUACUUUACAUAUAGCCAUACCGAUCCCACCGAGCCAGAAUACAUAACAACUGCCCGUUGCCGCCUGCUUUGGAGAUUGGCGUGCUUCAGGAUCAUGUUACAUACCCCCCUGCUACUUAGAUGGGCGACUGAAAAAUCCGUUGGCGUCUUGUCGCCGCAGGCGGACACGGAAGCUGCAAGACGAUGCCGUGAGCUCUGUCUCGAAUAUGCACACCUCACCGUGAAGUACACCGAAGAAUACUUUUCCCUCCAUAUCUUCAGUCCAAUGCAUGACUGGUAUGCGAUAUAUUACCUCUUCCAGUCAAGCUUGAUCCCGGUUUUCUGUAUCACAACCGAGCCAACCUCACCAGAUGCGGCGGCAUGGGGAGCCGAUAUUGAGGCAGCGAAACGAAUCCUGGAGACUGUAAAUACGCAUUCCGACAAAGCCAGGAGGUUUUUGGACGUGUUGAACCGCCUAUACUCCAGUUUGGAUGAGAUGGAAGGCUUUAUGGAAACAAUGCAGCAAGAGGGUGGUGAUAUAAUGGGGAUGGUAUAUGGGCAGAUGCAAGGAGCGCCAGAGAGUGCUCAACAAACCGGACACAGCAUCCAUCAAACUGGAUUUUAGAACUCCAGGGGCACAUAUUGGACAUAGUAAUGUUUUUAAUUUUUUGGUACUUUGUUUCAUGCAUAAUAGACGAUAUUCACAAUUCAAAC